UUCCCUGAAAAAAAUAUGCUUUCAAAUAACAUUUUUUGUGGAAAUUGAAAAAAAUCCAUGUAAAGUACAGUUUGGUGCAAAUUUAGCGAGUGAAAAUAUAAGGAAAGAUUAUGCAAAAAUAUUAAAACAAAAACCAUUUUCGCAGAAAGACGUUUUUGUGGAAAAGCUGUUUUUAGGGUAUUAAACGACUUUUAACGAAAGUCGUUUAACGAAAUUAUUUUGGUUAAAGAAAUUUUGUCUGAAUUAAUUUUUUUACCAUUUUAUUUUCUGCGACAAAUUUAAGUUUUUUAUAACGUCUCUGUUUUUGUCGAUGUGUCUCAAUUGCAAUUCCGUGGUGUUAUUGAUUGACGAUUUAGUUGCAGUUAGAAGUCAUUAACACUACAGUGUGUGGAGGCUAUAUAUAUAUAUACAAUAUAUUAAAUACAUAUUAAUUUUUGCGAUGUUUACGAAUUUUACCUAUUUCGUUUCUCAUUUGUAACAACUCUGUGUUUGUCAAAGAAUAAGUUUGACAUAUUUUGCUUUUCAUUUUUCGUUCGUGUUUAAUCUGGUUCCUGGGUCGCAAAAGAUUUUUAAUUGCUUGAAAAUUAAUCGAAAACUUGAAACAUUGCAACAAAUGAUUGAAGGAGUGGUUAAGAAUGUAAAACUCAAUAAAUAAAUUAGAAAAAUUUACAAAAAUCAUAGAAAAAGUGAUACAUAACGAAGAAUAAGUAAAGUGGUAAAUUAAAAACCUCUUAAAAAAAAGACUCAACAGCAGUUAUGCAGCCUUCAAGCAAAACUACAACUACAACUGCUAUGCCGAGCUCCAAUAAUAGUAAUAAUAACAAUAACGGUUGGCAACAGCAACAACCAACUUUGGUGAAUAACAAUGUGUUUGAGCAACAGCAACAACAACAAUCGUUACAAACAGCACAACACUUGAGUCACCAAAGACUGCAACCAUCGCCAACAACCAAUUAUACUAAUAUUUCUCAACAUCACUGUGUAAAGGCGCCAACAAAUAUUUAUAAUAAAACCAUUGGAGGACACCAAGAAGGCGGAAAUUAUUUUCAGGAAGCUACAGUAAAUGCAGCAAAGUUAGCAAAUUCCGUAAAUUUCUUUGAUAAUUCUACGAACAAUAACAAUAAUCAAUCAGAUGGUUGGAGUGAUUGUGACUGGAACGAUAAUAACACCUUAGGACAACAACAGCAAUUUAAUGACAAUUCUACUACGACAAAUCAACAACAUCAACUACCACCAUCCAAUGUUAACACUAUAAAUGUUAUAGCAGAAAGUUUUAGUCCACAAUCUUCUCAAAAUGAUAACUGGAAUUGGUCUACCUUGGCAGAACGAUCUUCUAAAAAUGUAGGAAUAAAUAACAAACAGAAGAGUGACAAUUGGAACUGGAGUACAGUGGAAAAUGAACAACAGCAACACCAGACAACGGCCUUAGCAACUGAGCUUAGUCAUGUAGUCUUACCUAGCCUUGCAACGCCUCCACCGCCACCAUCAGAAUUUUCGACAGAGAAUCAUAAUUACAAUACCAGUGCGAUGCUAACUUCUCCUACAUCGUCAACUCUUAACAACAUUCCAAAUAGUGUGUUUAUGUCUCAAGCAAAACCGGUUACCUUACCUAUACGUCAGUAUGCUGCUUCGCCCUUAACUGGAAAGGCUUCAGCUGGAAUGGAAGAAAAUACUAUAAUGCCACCGCAAGGAUUUCAGAAUCCUGAAGAAAUACCCAUUCACACGGUAGGCGCUUCGCCACCCUCUUCAUCUAACGGAACGCCUCCAUUAAUUAAGAUCCCGUCUACUAGUGGUAAUCCUUUCAAGCGAACGGGAUUGCCUCAACACCAUCGAGCUGCUGGUUUUUUGCCGCCUGUAGCAGCAAAUAAUCAACUUUUUAAUAUGACUGCUCCUCCACCGCCGGCCGAUUUCGCUAAUCCAUCUACGGGUAAUGUUAAUGCAAUGGAACCGGAAAAUAACGAGUUACCUUCGCAAGAAAAUCAGGAGGUCUUACCUCAACCACAAAACGUGCUUCAUAGCGUCGCACUGUCUGCCUAUCCCCCGCAGCCUCUCAACGAUGAACGUAAUCAAUAUUUAAAAACCAGUCACUUAUCAGAAAACACCACCACUCAUGCGGAGGAAGAACAGCAAUUUGAAACUGAUGGCUUAAUGCCUCCACCGGGCCUGUCACGUUUAGUUUUAGGAGAACCGGAAUUAGAAGCUAAUGAGCGUUUGGUUACUGGUACCGAAACACCAGCUCUUAACAAUACAACAACAGUUAUGCAUUUGGAAGAACGACAAGCUGAUGGUGAAGAUACUGAUACGGAAAACAAUGCAAUAGGUACUUUGGAUAGUGCAGUGACUAUUUGCACCAAUUCAAAUGUUGCAACCAAUGCAUCAGAUCGUAAUUUGUAUUUUGUGCCAGGCGAAAGUCAGGCGAAUAAUGACCAACGUGUUGUCACUGGAGUAGAAAUAGCUGAGCAACGGGAAAUAGAAUUGGAUGGCGAAAACUUGGAAGACCAGCAACAACAACAACAACAGCAACUACCUGCUGAGUCACGUAACCAGCCACCUGUUGAAGGCGCUGCUGACAAUGUAGAGCCAUCUAAUCCAACAACACUAAUCAACAAUAAUUAUGCUUUAAAUACUGUAGAAGAUGUACUGCAGUCACCAACGCAGCUUCUUAAUAAAGGUAAAGAUCUACUAUCUAAUUCGUCACCCAAUGAUGAUGAGGAAAGUGAUGAACGAUUACUGAACGAAAGGUCACAUAGCACCGGCACAGCAAUUGCAGCGAAAACACGUUCCAAAUAUGACGUAGAACGCGUGAAUUCUCGUCGUACUACUAAGCGACGUUCGAUAGAUCGUUACGAAAGUGACGAAGAGGCCUAUUCAGAAGGGGAAGAAUACUCCAGUGAAAGGGAGCAUGAGAGGGAAAUGGAACGCCACCGUCACUAUCGUGAAAGUAGUACUCGUAGCGAUCGUGGCACCGGUGGUGCUGAUGAAGAUAAACCUUUUAUUCGGCGUCAGCGAGUUAAUGGUGAUAAACGUGAUAAGCACUAUUACCAGGAACGUGAGCGUGAGCGCGAACGUAUUGAACGUGAUCGGGAACGCAAAGAGCUCACUGGAAAAUAUGAAAAACGAUCUCAACGUUAUAGUAAUCAGGAACGCUUUGAAAUUGGGACCAAGUAUGAAACAGAAGAAUCAUUGCGUUUCGAUAGUCGUAAAGAUUUAUCGCGACGUAGUAUACGGUAUCCAGACAGCGAACGAGAACGUGCUCGACGAAGCGAUCGUAGUGAUCAAGGUGGUGAAUAUAAUGAAUAUAAUCGCGGACGCUCUUUUCGGAGUUCGAAACGAGGCGACGAUGGUCGGAUUAGUGAACGAAGACGUGCUGUGAGGGAUGGAGUUGGAUUGGCAACUGAUGAUUAUGAGACUAAUACAAUUGAACGACGUCGUGGAGGACGAAGCGAUAGACCACGUGACGGUCGUUAUCGUGAAGAUCCAAGAUAUGAUCUUCGUGACUAUGAAGAGUACCGAAAGCAUAGUUCUCGCAAUACGCGUGAAAGUGAUGUUGACAAAGAUGGCCCGCGCUCAGCACGUGUGCAUCACGAUUCCCGUCACAUGCCAGGCGCAAUGUAUACUGGUUAUCCUACGACAGCUUAUGAUCCCUAUGCGGCGUAUUUCUAUGGGCAGAUGGCUCGCACCAAUCCUCAGGCCUAUGCCGAGUGGUACAAAAAGUAUUAUGGUCAUACCACGGCAACUGUCAUGAUGCCAAAUAUUUUAACCGGCGAUCAAUCAUCGAACGCUAAUUCGGCUGUUGAAGCCACACGAACAACGGCCGGCACCGAUGGUCGUGAAUCGGUACACUCGGGACGUAGUUCAGCUCAUAAUGGACAACGUGACAGGUAUACGCAUGCAUACAUAACACAAUCGAAUGAAUAUCAGCGUCAUUAUCACCGUCGGCAGCAGCAGCGGCAACAACAAAUGGCAUUUAAUCACUCCUUAAACUCUACUAUGUUUACGGACGACGAUUCUCUCAAUCAAAAUUGUGAUUUUUAUGCUGGCAGCGUCAAACCGGCCACCGGUGUCAGCGUUGGUAAUAUUGGUGGCGGUCGCUUAAGUUCGGCAAAUUCUCACAGUAAUCUAUCGCAAAUCCAUGGCGCUUAUUAUGCAAACUUGUCGACCAGCAUCAUACCAGCAACAGUCACUGGCGGCAGUUACUACGCACGUUCCGAUUACGCUGAUUCAACAAGAACUGGUCCUAUGUCAAUACAUGAUAUCGAUACUCUUACCACGGAGCCGCAGCGUUUGACGCCAUUGAAGUUCCUCAACGAACAUGCAGUGAUUAAUUUUGCUUCUGGAAUAUUGGUAACAUUGAAGCCAAAAUAUGCACCCAAUGGUAAUGUUAAUAAUGUUGUAAAUCUGUUACGCUGCAAACCCAAUGACGAGACGAGAAAACUGUUCCGUGUCUUCCCCGGACCAUUGGUUCGAGGUUUAACUCACAAAAAGACAAUUAUAGAAUUUUGUGAAGAGCAAAUACAUUUGGGCCCCUUGGACACUACUAUUUAUGCUAAGCAACUAAUAGUAAAUAACAAUGAAAGAUACAAGGCUUCAUAUACUUUAAUGUGGAAUCUCUUGAUAUUGUUGCUAAGACAAAACGGGAUGGUAGUUGGCACUGAUAUUGCGGAACUAUUAUUGAAAAAUCAACAGCAGUUUCCAUAUGAGUCCUUGUUGCUAGCAUUCGAGAGUAAUAACACUUCAAAAUCGGGUUCUAAUACGUCAGAAGAUUUGCACAGCACUGAUGAUAUUUUGGAUGAUAAGGAGCUACCUUUGAAUAAGGGAACAGAUUUACCUAUCCCGGAAAAUCCGGUCCUAGUAACGGGCGUAGAAGAAAAAUCGGCGGAGAGUUCUUGCAGUCUUUUAAAUGACGCAGACGUCACUGAUAAAUUUCGACAAUAUCUGCUCUACGGCAACGUUAACGAGGCCUUAGAAUGGGCUACCGAUAAUAAUUUAUGGGGGCAUGCUCUCUUUUUGGCUUCUAAGCUUGAUCGUCGCACACAUGCCAAUGUUAUGAUGAAAUUCGCUAAUAAAUUAUCGCUAAACGAUCCUUUACAGACGCUUUAUCAACUGAUGAGCGGGCGAAUACCGUCCAGUGUUACUUGUCUGCAGGAUCAAAAAUGGGGUGACUGGCGUCCACAUUUAUCGAUGAUUUUAUCCAAUACAUCUCAGAAACCAGAACUUGAUCGUAGAGCGAUUACCACAUUGGGGGAUUCACUAUUCAAUCGCGGAGAUCUCUACGCUGCACAUUUUUGUUACCUAAUGGCUCAGGUGGGUUUUGGCCGUUACCAAUGUACUGCCAUAAUGGAGACUGCGCUACAACAACAUUUACCCAGAUUGGUUCUGUUGGGCUCGUCGCACUAUAAGCAAUUUAACGAAUUUGCUCAUAACGAAGCGAUCAUAAUGACUGAAAUUUACGAAUACGCCUGUUCAUUAAAUGAUGAAAAAUUCUCUUUAAUAGAAUUUCAGCCGUAUAAAUUUCUGUUAGCUACGCGUUUAUUGGAUUAUGGUUACCAUUUGAGAAGUUUAAUGUAUUUAGAACAGAUUGCUUUACAUAUUAGCCGAGACCCGACGAAAUAUGAAAAUAGUUUUAUUAAAAAGGUUUAUGAACUAGCUGAUCGAUUAAAAUUUCAUGAUCCGGUUUUGGAGAAACCUCUAGAUGAUCAUAACGCACAUCAACAAAUGUUACAGUCACACGAUGAUAGGGACAAUUUGAACACUAAUUUUCAACAAAUGGAAGAAAAGAAAUGGUUGCAAACUUUAAGGGAACUAACCCAACAAAAUAAGGCGAACAAUGAUAAUAAUAUGGCGCAAAGUUCGGAAAAUAAUGCUUACAAUUAUCAACACCAACAGCAACAGCAACAGCAACAACAACAGCAAAUUGAUCAACAGUUUAUGGAAAUUAAUAAACAAUUCAGUGAAUUGAAUUUGCAAUAUGAACAACAUCGUCAUCAUAAUCAAACUGAGCAGCAAGCCUCACCUGCGAUAAAUAACGAUACAGUCUACUAUAAUUCAGAUCAAUCGCAACAAGCCCAACAACCACGGAAGGAACCGGAUCAUUUAUUAGCUAACACUAUGACGACACCACAACAACAAACAGAAUUUCCUGCCACAACAAAUACUAACGAUUUAAACUUGAAUUCAUCGAUUCCUACUUACGAUAAUUCUGCCACGAGUGGCCUGGAUUCUACGUCAAUGCCUCUCAUCAUCGGGCCGCAAGAUAUACAUCAAAAUCAAUAUGCUGGAUCUGUGGCUACUACAUCUCAUUAUGAGCAACAUCAACCUAGCUAUUAUUUGACUGCAGAACAAUUAAAUUCCGGAGCUGCUAGUGGAAAUUACGAUUUUUUGUCUACAGGUCAGCAACAACAAUCACUACCACAAAACUUAUUGGAUGAUAUGAAUGCACGACCACCCAACAUAUCGAUGCCGAAAACGAAAAUCUAUGACAGUGACGAAGAUAAUGCCAAUAGCAAUAAUCGCAAUAAAACAACAAUCGGAACGAAGGAGAAUAAAAAAAUAAAUCAACAAAUUGUAAAAUUGUCGAAAAAUGAAAAAGAUAAAGGAGGAAACCAAUCAUCUUCUCAAAAUUCUGGUUGGUUUGGCGGCAUUUGGAAUAAGUUCUCAUUAAAACCGAAAAAUCAAAUGAUUUUGCCCGAUGACAAAAAUCCAACUAUAGUAUGGGAUGCGGCGGAAGAAAAAUGGGUUAAUACAGAGGGCGAUGGCAAUGAAGAGGAAUCAUUAAAGCCGCCUCCAAAAAUGAGCGAUUUGAUGCCUCAAGCACAACAUCAGCCACCGCAAAUGCCGCAUCCAUCCCAAGUGCCAUUUAUCGAGACGCAGCAACACUAUACGCAACAACUACAACAACAACAACAACCACAACAACAACAACAGCAACAACCAUACCUAUCUAAUGCAACAGUGACAUCGUUACCUUCCAAUAAUACCAUUUUUGCUAAUCCCGUUGCUCCUGUCGCCACUGUCUCCGCAGCUCCAUUUAAUUCAACAAAAACUCCGCAUUUACAAUCAAAUAUGUUUAAAAUGCAGAGAAAUCGAACCUUGAAAAAUUCUUAUGUAGAUGUUUUUAAUCCAUCCGGUGCUCCUCUUAGUAAAGCGGCUGACAACAUAUUAGCUCCUGCUCUACCGUCGGCUACCGUACCUCAAGGUGGCUUCCUUGUGCCAGGAGCCAUACCUCAGCAACAAGCUACAAUGCAGCUAAAUGACACUAGCGGAGGUUAUCAGCAACAGCAACAGCAACAACAAGAUGUACCUCAAUUCUACAAUCCCAAUCAAUUUAACCCGAACAUUAAUGAUGGUUCAACUUAUUAAAUGAAUUUAAAUUAAUUUCAUUUAUUAUGGCUUCAACGUAGAGAAUAGACAGAUAAUCGACAAAGAGAAAAGGGUAAAUCAUUAUGUAUUCUUGUGUAGCCUUUAGCCUUGUUUCUAUAGUAUAAAUUUAUACAAUAUAUAUAGAUUAAAGAAAAAGAGAGUAAAAAAAUAAAUAAAUAGAUUCUAAACUAUUUCGGAUAGUAGAACG